AUGUUUGACAACACCCAGUACCCCUACAACUGCUUUAAUUAUGAUGGGGACGAUUACCCAACUUGCAGCUCCGAUGAAGAGAAGAAAUUCACCAGACCAGCAUACAGCUAUAUCGCUUUAAUCGCAAUGGCCAUUCAGCACAGCCCGUCCAACAAAGUGACCCUUUCUGGCAUUUAUGACUUCAUCAUGAAGAAAUUCCCGUACUACCGUACCAAUCAGCGGGCAUGGCAGAACUCCAUCCGGCACAACCUUUCUCUGAACAGUUGCUUCAUUAAGGUUCCCCGAACAGAAGGCAACGAAAAGGGGAAGGGAAAUUACUGGAGCUUCGCGUCAGGUUGCGAGUCAAUGCUGGACCUCUUUGAAAAUGGGAAUUAUAGGAGGCGACGGAGGAGGAGGAAUGUGAAGCGAGAACCCAGGGAAAAGAGGUUGGCCAGGGAGCACAACAGUCUGCCUGCGUUUUCCUCUGUGGAUUCUGGCUUCUCUGGCAUGUCUGGUUCUUCCAGUGAGAAAACGGAACCCCAGCCCAAAGCACCGGAGCCCGGCGAGUUUUUUCCAAGCACCGCCGCCAGCCGAGAGAGUCUAAACAGUUCCUCGGUAGGAAAAUCUGACUCCGAAAUUAAAUUUAGCAUUGAUUACAUUUUGUCAGCCCCAGACCCUCUGCCUGUGCUGAGGUCUCCGUAUCACGUGCAAGACAACAAACUCCAUUUCAUGGAUUCUCAGCAGAUCAACCUCCAAUUUUGGACCAUGUGA